AUGAAGUCCGUCGUUAUCGCUCUUUGCACCUUCGCGGCAGCCGCUGCCGCUCAGGGCUCGCCCAAUCUUGCUGCCUGCGGUCAAACCUGCGCCACUAACAUGCUGGAUGCCGACAAAGCUGAUGAGCUGGGCUGCAAGCAGAAUGACCUGAAGUGCCUCUGUGCCAACAAAAACUUCCUUUACGGCCUCCGAGACUGCUCUGCAGCUAUUUGCUCGGCUGAGGAUGCCAGACAGGUUGUUGAGUACGGCAUCAGCAUAUCGGCCGGUGUUGCGAUUCAGACAAGUUCUGGAGGCGGAAAUGGCGGUGCUAGCAACACUGGAAGUGCAUCUGGCUCCCUUGUUAGCGGUGCAUCGACAACUGUCACCGCUGUUUUGACUGAUUCUGCUGCCGCAUCUGGCAAAGUAUCCACAAUCUUCAGCACUCUCACUUCUGAUGGUGAGACCAUUACUACUGGUAUCGCCACCACCACUGUCAGCAACCUGAGCGGAGGAAGUGCCAGCAGUGGUACUGGUGCUUCUGGUCAAAUUUCUACCAUCGCCACCACAGUCACCGAAUCUGACGGCAGUGUUGAGACAAAAACCAGCGAGGUGACUUUGUCUGGCUCUGCCACUGCCACGGGUACUGGCGCGCACCAGACCGAGAGUGUCGUCUUGAGCACCGUGACUUCCGAUGGUUCUGCUGUCGUCAAGACUCUGACCACGCUUCACAAAACGACUGGCGAGACUGAAAGCGCUUCAGCCACUGAGACCGAAACUGUCACGAAGCCUGAGUCCAGCUCCUCUGAGAGCGAAGCCACUGCAACUGAUACUGGCAGCUCAAGCGCUUCCACCACCUCCACCAGCACAGGCGCCGGUGUUCCUCAGAAGACCGCUGGCCCCGUUGGCAUCAUUGCUGCCGCCGGCCUUGCCAUGCUCAUGCUCUAA